UAUAAAGCCAAAGAUUUCAAUACAUUCUCAGUAUAAGCAUAAUGGCGCUCAGUUGCUUAUUUUACCCCUCGUAAAUAAAGAAUUGUCAUUGUCAUUGGCGUGGCAAGGAACAACACGUUUUGGAAUUUCUGUUCACCUGCGCAUGCGCAUCGCAUGACGAAAAAUAAGGUCACGUGAUUACCCAAGGGCGCAUCACGAACUUAUAUCUGUAGAAUAGUAGACUAGUUCGUGAAUUACCUAAAUACGCGCUUGUCCAGCGUACGUGUUCAAGUGCAAGCACAGCAAGAAGCUGUUUGCCUCAAUUUUCGAAACUACAUAUGUGAACACACCAGCUUAUUUAUCGGAUCUGUAAAUUUGACAUACCCGGUCGACUGUAGAUUUUGAUGCAAAAGGACCAUAAACCAACAGUUUACCAAGAUGGACUCAUUACAUCGUCUCUCUACUUCAGAUGCAUCAGCCACAGUGAAAGAGGAGCAACCUGUACGAACUCACCGCCACCAGGAGUGCGCGCUGUGUCUGGAGAAGUUCAAGUCACCUCGCAUCUUGCCAUGCUUCCACACCUUCUGCCUGCAGUGUCUGACAGGAGUCGUUGAUAACCAGCAGGGCACAGAUAGCUUCCCUUGCCCCACGUGCCGAACAAAGAUCGACAUACCGCCAGGUGGCGUCAGCAAGUUCCAGGUCAACUUCUACAUUGAAGCCGAGGUUGACGCCGAGUCUCUGAUGUCACAGCCGCUAGCGUGUGCAACGGGCUGCACGAUGGCCGCAACUCACAAAUGCUUUGAAUGUGAUCAGCUAAUGUGUGAUUAUUGUAAGCGUGUCCAUGGCACCAUUCCUGUCACAAAAUCACACACCGUCCUCAGCUUAAACUCUUCUACUCUGAACCUCACAUGAUAACAAAAGACAGGUUCUGCGACAAGCAUCCUCA